AUGAUCCCGUUCCUCAAGCUCUCCAAGCGCCUCGCGCGGCGCGGCCACGCCGUCACCUUCGUGUCCACGCCGAGGAAUGCCGUCAGGCUGGGCGCCGUCCCGCCGGAGCUGUCCGCGCGCCUCCGCGUCGUCGCGCUGGGCCUCCCGGACGUCGAGGGCCUCCCGGACGGCGCCGAGUCCACCGCCGACGUCCGGCCCGAGAAGGUCGGCCUGCUCAAGAAGGCCUUCGACGGCCUCGCCGCGCCGUUCGCCGACCUCGUCGCCGCGCUGGCCUGCGCCGACGCCGACGCCGACGCCGCGGGCGGCAGUGGCGACGCUGUUGGGGUUGGGUUCUCGAGGAAGCCCGACUUUAUCGUCCUCGACUUCGCGCAGAACUGGAUCUGGCCAAUCGCCGAGGAACACGAGGUACAGUACAUCAUGCCCCACUAG